AUGGCCUCUAGAUCAAGGAUUCAGCCCCUCUUCCGGGCCGCUGCCCGGAGACAGACACUGCUGAGCGCCGGCAGCCGGCAUCCCGCCAUGCGGCAGAUCUCGGCCCCGGCCGCUACCGCCGCAGCCGCCCGGUGUCUCUCGACCACGGCCGUGAGAUGCGCGCAGGACAAGAAGGAAGUCAAGCUCACCGCUGCCGCCUACCCGGACCUGAAGCGGGAUUCGCGCUUUGCCGAGGUGACGGAUGCUCACGUCGCCUACUUCAAAGACCUCCUGGGCCCCUCCGGCGUUGUCGACGGCGUCACCACCGACGCCGCAGACGACCUUGCGGCUUUUAACGAGGACUGGCUGCGCAAGUACCGUGGCCAGUCGCAGCUUGUACUCAAGCCCGCGUCAACAGAAGAGGUCAGCAAGAUCCUCAAGUACUGCAACGAGCACAAGCUCGCCGUCGUACCCCAGGGCGGCAACACGGGUCUCGUCGGAGGCUCCGUCCCCGUCUUUGACGAGAUUGUCAUCAACAUGAGCCGCAUGAACCAGAUCCGCUCCUUUGACGACGUCAGUGGCACCCUCGUCGUCGACGCCGGCGUCAUCCUCGAGGUCGCCGACCAGUUCCUGGCCAGCAAGGGCUACAUCUUUCCCCUCGACCUGGGAGCCAAGGGCUCCUGCCACGUCGGCGGCAACGUCGCCACCAACGCCGGCGGUCUGCGUCUGCUCCGCUACGGCAGCCUCCACGGCAACGUGCUCGGUCUCGAGGCCGUCCUCCCCGACGGCACCGUCGUCGACGACCUGUGCACCCUGCGCAAGAACAACACGGGCUACGACCUCAAGCAGCUCUUCAUCGGCGGCGAGGGCACCAUCGGCAUCAUCACCAAGGUCUCCAUCAUCUGCCCGCAGCGUUCCCAGGCCGUCAACGUCGCCUUCUUCGGCCUCGAGUCUUACGAGAAGGCCCAGCAGGCCUUCAAGGCCGCCAAGGGCCAGCUCGGCGAGAUCCUGUCUGCCUUUGAGCUCAUGGACGCCCGCAGCCAGGACCUCGUCCACGCCGUCAGGGGCAACAAGCGGCCCCUGGAGGGCGACCAUCCGUUCUACUGCCUCGUCGAGACGAGCGGUUCCAACGGCGACCACGACUACGAGAAGCUGGAGAAGUUCCUCGAGGACGUCAUGACCAACGAGAUCGUCGAGGACGGCGUGCUCGCGCAGGACGAGACGCAGAGCAAGGCUCUCUGGAGCUGGCGCGAGGGCAUCCCCGAGUGUCUGGGCCACUGGGGCGGCACGUACAAGUACGACGUGUCGAUCCCGCUCAAGGAGCUCUACCAGCUCGUCGAGGACACCAAGGUCAAGAUGGAGGCGGCCGGGCUGGUCGGUGACACGGACGAGUUCCCCGCCAUCGGCGUCGUCGGCUACGGUCACAUGGGCGACUCGAAUCUGCACCUCAACGUCGCUGUCAGACGGUACGACAAGCGCAUCGAGAAGGUCCUCGAGCCGUUCGUCUACGAGUGGAUCCAGGAGCGCAACGGCAGCAUCAGCGCCGAGCACGGCUUGGGCGUGGCGAAGAAGGCGUUCAUCGGCUACAGCCGAAACGAGAGCAUGGUUGGCCUGAUGAAGCAGAUCAAGAAUCUCUACGACCCGUGCGACAACGAACGACCGUACUGUCGGAAAUGCAUCGACAGCGGCCGCGAAUGCGCUGGGUACGAGCGCGAGAUGGUAUUCAUCACCGCAACCAUCGACGACGGCGGCCGUUGCUCGUCUCACCCUCCCCGACAGGUAUCCUCGUCCAAGAAGUCUCCGAAAGCAAAAGCUGCCGAGCAAACGCCGCCUCGCCUCGCACCAACAGAGCCGCUAACACCCGCGUGGGAUGACUUGAUUUCCUUGUCUGAGAAUGGCAUCGUGUACUCGGUGCAGAUUGCGACUCUGCAUGCCAGGCUGCAGAACGUCUUGCGAGGCGAGGAGGACCGCAAUCGAUUCAGCUUCCCCAUUGCCUUUCCACCGUACCUACCGAUCGACGUGGAAACCUGGGACAACGGAGGCAACACGGACCUGGCUGCGCAGAACAUGAUUAGCCUCUUGCCUGCCGGUAACGUCGCCGGUCCACCAGACGGGAUAUGCGCAUUUCUGUUCGAGCAAAACCCAGCUUAUCUUGUGACGAACGGCAUCACCCCUUGGGGCGUACCCCAGGAGAACCAAGAUGUAGUGAAGAAGUUUGGGCCGGAACAAUUCAAGUACUUUCCGAAUCACCAUUUCUUCGUCAGGGUGUACAGGUGUAAUGCUAUCAUUCUUGCCCUCCUUCAUAGGAAAGCGACCUUCUUAUCCUCAUUUGAGUGGUGUACAAUCCCAUGGGAGAUGCACCCCAAGAGUAUCUUUGACAGACUUUUCGACGUCAUCGUCCAUCUGCCUGGCAUCUUUGCCCGAGUCGACCGCACCAUCCCAUUCGCUGCAACUUUGCAACGCCGACUGAAAGCGCAGGAACUUUUGAGCAGUUGCUUGCAGGUUGAACAGCAACUGGAGGAAUGGCAUACAUUCGCACGCUCCCCGACCCUUGAGCAUCCGUAUGCGUACUGGAUCGAAGAAUCGGACGAUCAAGAUGCACAACAGGUUCCUUUCGCCAACCCUUUUGCUGACAACUUCGCUUUCAAGGACGGGAUUACCGCCGUCAUGUUUCUGUACUACUGGAUGACGCUGUUGCUCCUCCAUCGGUGCAUCGAGAGUCUGCACCACGCCAUAUUUCAGCCAGUAAUCGAGGAUUUUCCGAAUAUGUACCCGGACCUGCCGCCACAUCUACAGAUCAAUCUAGCGAGAUAUCAGCAGCGUCGGGAAUUCGCGGCCAGAGUAUGCCGUGCACUGGACUUUGCUCUCAACACGACAGUACAGCCCGACCUUCUCGUUGCUCCUCUCGCCACGGCUUUGGAGUUUUACCGGGAGCUCAACUCAUCCUCGCGGGAUGGAGAGCUGGAGAUCAUGUGGUGCGAAGGCUUCAAGCUGAGGCUGGCAUCGAAGGGACAAGACAUUGCCAAUGUACUCCAAAGCAGGCAGUGGGCCGACCUGGCGAGAUUUUGA